AUGACAUCAUUGAAAGAUUCCUCUUCAAUAACUUCCUCUGUGGAUGGCACGACCAUCAAAACUAUUUAUGAAGCUGCUCCACUUAGUACACUCAAAUUGUCAGAUAAAUGGGUCACUUCAUGUGAUAAAAUGACUCUAACUUAUAAUACUCAAAAGGAGAAUUGUGGUGAAUGUGAAGUUGGUGAUGAAUACAACAAUAUCUAUUUUGAUUGUAUGGCUUACAAGACAAGUGGUAUAAAUACACUCACAAUUGAUGACAAUAAUUCUGGAUUAUUUACUAAUAAAAAACUAAUAGUGUAUCGAGAUGGAAUCACUGUAUCAAAAGAUGUCGUCUUUUCCGAACUGAGUUUGUCAAAUAGAAAUAACAUCUUGAUACAAUGUACAACCGAAGGAAGCCAACCAAUCGUGAAACCAAAAGUACUCACAGACUACAAGUCACUGACUUUGAAAAAUGUUGUUCUUGACUUGACCGGUGUUACUGCUAAUAUAGCAUUGGCGUCGCUCACUCUUGUGAACUCAGUUGUGAAAUAUCCAACUCUUGAAACAAACAAUGUGGUAAACAUUGGGACCUUAUCGAUGGACUCUAAAAGUAAGGUAGAGGUGCCAACCGGAUAUAAACUUGUUGUUGAGACAGCAAACUUCGAUAUGUCUACACUCGAAGGUGAUAACAAUGGUCCACUGAUCAACACGGAUUCAUUUGCAUCGUUUGUAGUUAAUGGAAUCGUUUCUGUUCAAGACCCUCCAACAGCAACACAUUAUAUGGUCAUUGCAAUAAGCACAUCAGCACAAGUGUAUCAAGGCUCUCUGCCAACACAAAUCAAAAACAAGUGCUCACAAAGAGCACUAGUGUAUAACUCAGACGUUCAGUCAUUCAAUUGUUCGUCUCUUACA